AAACAAAGAACUUUUGACUGAUAAUCUUACAACUUGAAUAUUGCGUUCCAGCGCCUCCAGUGAAACCUCUGGUAGAGCCUCCAGUCAAGAAUUUCUACUGGAGGCGCUGGAACAGGCCCUAUGUAGGAGAAAUUGAGUGCUUUAAUUUUGGUUUGUUAGCAGUUCUUCAUUCUGUUUUAUUCUCUCCUUCUGUUGAAACCGCUUAUAGCGGCUGACUCCAUUCUCAGUGAGCGGAUGACAGACCUGCACUGAGAUAGAGCGGCAGCCAUGUUGCGCCGACCGGCCGUCGGCUUGCUCCGCUGCAGUCGCCGCCAGUGCCCGCUGCUGGCACGACAGCUCAGCUCUGCGCAGCUGGCACAUGCGCUCAGGCCGUUCUACUUUGUGGUGCACCCUGACCUGUUUCAUCAGUAUCCUGACUUUAAGAAUGUGAAUGAAGGCUCUCUUCAGUUUCUCCAAGCACACCUGGACAAGCUGCUGAACUCAAAGCGAGUGGCUCCGAGCACCGUAACGUUUUACGUUCGCGACGUCGAGCAAAAGGGGAAUCGCGCCCAAGCGGCUCCGGCGCCGGUGCAGAUCGCCCUGGCUCCGGACCUGAAGCGCACGGUCCGCACUGUCCUGGAACAGUGCCGGCUGCCCACCACCUACCUGGACAGUCUGCCAGCGGGACAGAGCGCCCGGCCUGCCCGCCCGCGCCGACCCACACACCCCCUGGAUGACCUGUUUGCUGAGAUGGGUGCGGAGCCCGAGGCGCCGCCGCAGAGGCCCGAGAUGACCCUGUUCACGUGGCUGGCGCGGACCGGCGGCGAGACACGGCGCAGGGCGGCCGCGUCCGCGCGCACCCGCGCCGAGAUCGGCCGCCUGCGCGCUGCGCUCGUCUCGCGACUGCAUCUGUCAGCGAUGGAGUGGCGCUGCGGCUGGGGCGCCGAACACUUCCGGGGGUGUCUGCGCAGCUUUGACACGCUGGUCAACCACCAUCCGGAUGUUAGUGAGCUGCUCAGAGACAAGACGGUGGUAUUCGGUAACGAGUCGGGCGUCAGUCUGGACGGCCACCUGAUCCUGAACAGUGGCGAGGUAAUCACCAACUGGAUCAGCGUGAUCCGCCGGUGUGCCGACGACAAACUCUACCUGCAGAAGGUGCCGCACCUGCAGCGCGCCCUAUCCCGCCACCUCAGGGACAUCCAGGUGGUGCACAGGAAGUUUCAGCCGAUCACCAUGGUGACCAGCUACGAGCAGCAGCUGCGCCGUCUAGUGACGAGCAUGGGCGACUUCUGGGGCAGCCACGGCUACCCUCGCUCGUGGCCCGACAAACUCAGUCACCUACAGCUGGUGGUCGAGUCGGAGUCGGGCCCGCUGUUCCUCUCACCCAUGGGCCAGAUCAUCGCCCCCUCCUCCUGCCCUCCUUCACUGCUGGUGCGGUAUAUUACCGAUUGUAUGGUAGAAGCGGAACAGAAACUGGAGGAGUACACUCGUUUAUCUCACGAUGAGUCGGCGGUGACGGCCGAGUGCGCGGCGGCGCUCGGUCUGCGCCGGCUGGAGAAGCAGGACAACAUUCUACCGCAGCAGAUGCUGGCCUGCUGCCGCCGGAUGUUGGCACACCGUCACCGCCUGGCUCCAGUACUGACCGACUGGCGAAUCUCUGUGGCGCACUACUACGCCGUGGACGGGGAUGGAGCGUGCACGCUGCCGUGGGACUGGUUGGACUGAGGGAGGGGAGGUGGGUAGGAUUUUAGAGAGGGAUAGAGGGAGGGGUGUCUUGGACUUAGGGAGUGGUAGAGGACCAACUACCGGGACUGAGGGACAGUAGGGACCCUGUUGUGAGAAUGGGUGUACUGAAGAACCUGUGAUGUGUGCGGAGGCGGACGGGGUAUUGCGAUUACUGUGGCCUGCAGCUGUCUGUGGCUUGACCAGAGAUGCUGUGUUAAAACUGACUGGGCCACGUUAAGUUUGCUUUGACAACUAUUUCUGGAACUGAGCUUGACGGUACGGUGACAUUGCCGAGGAUUAGGGUUAACAUAGCAUGUGAAAUAUUUUCCUUGUCGAUUAGUUCCUUAGGCGGUGAACCAUGCCUGAAUCUGUCGUUGGUUUGAUCGACCUAGAAUGUUUGUGAGCUACCGUUUGGUGAUGUCCUUUCCUGUGGUUUGCCAGUUGAGUGAUAUAUGUACUUUUGGGCAGUUGGACGCAUUUCAGGACGUAAAAUAAGGCAGAAAAAAUGUAUAGUGUCUCAAAUGCUGUCCUCCAUGAGAAUCUACUUUCUUGGCGAGUAAAUGCAAUAGCAUAGAGAAAGGGGAGUGCCAUGGGUAUACAUGUCAGUAGGUGUAGUCAUUAGGGGCAGACAGCCAUUUGUCUCAUGAAACGUAAGCGAGACAUUAAAUUUGGUCAGUUAGUCAAGUAGCAUUAGUAUAAUGGACGAAGUCGCCAAGCGGCCAGAUGCAAGUUCUCAGGGAAUUGUCUUCGAAGGGAAUCGAUCAAAUAACACGCACCGCGCUCGUAUGCAUAAACUGGCCAAGUAAGUCGGCUACUGUUAUGCUGGCUAUUCAUGUGCAAUCGUUUCUUAUUAUCUACGUUUACAUUUCUGCCCCGAAAAUAAGUGUUUUUGGGUGGGACUGGAAGUAUUGCUAGCGAAAAGCAUUCUUAGCGUAUCGCUGUUAUGGUUAUUAUUGUCUUUCGAUGCUGUUGUAAUGUCCUAAUUUUCGACGGAUGCUGGCAUUUUAGAGGCUAUGACGGCAUAUUUUGAAAUUUUUUUUCGGAUAUUGGUAUAAAAUAAGAGGUACGUGAACUGAAACGAUCUUUAUGUGUCGUGGUCCAGCGAAAAAUGUGCUGCUGAAAUGUCAAACUGUUGACGGCUAUGGCAGAGGCUGGUUACAGCAGGUCAGCAAUAUUUGUACCGCGUGCGUUUUAUCACAUAACCGUGUGAUCGCCCGUGGUCGGCUGAGCGUCUGCUAGAGCGCAGCGUAAAUGUCUUGUUACAACUAUAUGAUCACGACGAAUUUAUCGUUCAGUGAUAUGUCAGCCAGCUCUUCUAACCUGUGUUCGUACCUCCUACCAAGCGGUAUCUCAAUAGCGUUCCCACUUAACCAGCGUCCAGUAAAUCAGUAUCAAAUAGUAAAUGUAAGGGACAACCUGUGCCACUUAUCCUUUGUUCUCGUCGAAUGUGGCCUUGCAUGCCGACUGUUCCGCCCUUACCGUAACAGUAAAAUGAGGCUUGGAUAGGGGCUGUGGUGCUGUGAAUCGGGAUGACUGUAUGGCGCAGAUAGGCCGGUUCGGAGGAAUGGACUCGGCGUCGAGCUAUUGGUGUCCCGUGUGGUUUUCAGAAUACACAUGUGAUAUUUUG